UGAAAGAUGAAAGAGACUAUACAGAGGACCGGGUCUUGGGGGCCUGAGCCUCCGGGACCCGGCACCACUUACUCAAAUCCCAGGCGAGAGAGUCUUCGUUGGCCUCUACCCCCUAAGCCCCCGCUCAAGUCCGGUGGUGGUUUUGGGCCAGAUCCUGGGUCUGGGACCACAGUGCCAACUAGACGUUUCCCUGCCCCUCGGCCAUCUUUUGAUGCCUCAGCUAGUGAAGAAGAGGAAGAGGAGGAAGAUGAGGAGGAAGUAGCAGCUUGGAGGCUACCCCCUAGAUGGGGCCAACUGGGGGUCUCCCAGCGUCCUUGAGCUCUCCGACCCACUCAUAGAAAAACCUGCUCACAGCGCCGGCGCCGAGCCAUGAGAGCCUUCCAGAUGCUGCUCUACUCGAAAAGCACCUCGCUGACAUUCCACUGGAAGCUUUGGGGGCGCCACCGAGGCCGGCGGCAGAACCUCGCGCACCCCAAGAACCAUCUCUCACCCCAGGAAGGGGGUGCAACGCCACAGGUGCCAUCACCCUGCUGUCGUUUUGACUCCCCCCGGGGGCUACCCCCACCCCGGCUCGGUCGGCUAGGUGCUCUCAUGGCAGAGGAUGGGAUGAGAGGUUCUCCACCAGUGCCCUCUGGGCCCCCCAUGGAGGAAGAUGGACUAAGGUGGACCCCAAAGUCUCCUCUGGACCCUGACUCGGGCCUCCUCUCAUGUACUCUACCCAAUGGUUUUGGGGGACUCUCUGGUCCUGAAGGGGAGGGCAGCCUGGCACCCCCUGAUGCCAGCAUCCUCAUCAGCAAUGUGUGCAGCAUUGGAGACCGUGUGGCUCAGGAGCUUUUUCAGAGCUCUGACUUGGGCACUGCAGAAGAGGCAGAUCGGCCUGAUACUAAUGAAAAACAGGCUCGGUUCCCUCCUGGCCUUCAAGCCCAAAUUCAAAAAGCCAAAAUGCGGGUCUUAUGGCUUGGAAACAACUUCCUCCGAAAGGAUCAGCAACCACUUCCCUUGCCCAGGUCCCCCAGGGCCCAGAUGAGCCUUAUAGUAAUUUUAUCAGUCGCCUUACUGAUGCAGCUGAAAGACUUGUUGGUCAUGAGGAAAACAAAAGUGCUUUUCUCAAACACCUUGCAUUUGAGACUGCAAAUCCUGCCUGCCAGGCUGCAAUACGGCCCCACCAUAGUGGUGCUGAAAUUCCUGAUUAUAUAA